GGCAGAGAGAAGAUGCUGUCGCAAGAGAACAAAUGGACAGACAGAGGAACGAGGAGGUUGAACAUCUCAAGUGAGAGGACGACGAUUUGACGAGGAUGGCAACAGAAAGGGUCAACAAAGAGCUGGAUUCCCUCAAGGCGGAUAACCAAGCACUGGUUCACGACUUCUUGACCUUGAGGGACGAAGUGGAGAAUCUGAAACGCGGUAGCAAGUGUGGUGAUGAGGCGGUUACCGAGAAGAGUCCCCCGGAAGGACCAGCAAGGGGAAAGAUGAAACCAACGGCGGAAGGGCAGACACCACGCGAAUGGGCACAACUGGCGGAAGCAUAUCGGCGUAUGUGUGACGAAAGGGACAUGGCAGACCGAGAGGUGCCGGCGUUAAGGGAACGAAUCAACUGCAUCAAGUUAACUUCUCCCUCUAGCUCACGACGCAAGCUGUUCGGAAGGAGAAAGAGUCUCGAAGGAGGUACGGGAGGUGACGAAGUUAAGGUGGCAUUUGUGAGGAAAGUAGGCGAAGACAAGGAAACGUUUCACAAGAGGGUGUCAAUGGAUUUGGGCAAGCUAAGGAAGUCUCAACUGGAGAAGCUAUACAGUGAGGAGGAAAUCGAGAAUGAAGGCGUGACGAAGACAACGGGUGACUUGGCGGAAAUUUAUACGGUGAGAGCAUUUGAGCAACGGACGAAUAGAAGGCUGCUUGGACAGGAUGGGGACGAAGAACACGAGGAGGAAGAGCAAGAUGAAGAAGAGUCGGCGGAUGUGGCGGCUGCUUCUGUGGAUGGUUUGACGGCAUCAGAGUCUUCAUGGGACCGGUACCGAGCACCGGUGAUAUUUAUUCGUCUGUUGCAACUAUUCAGGAUUUGAGGAACACCAGAAAUAAGUUAUGCCUUGCAGGUUUAAAUA